AUGAAGCUACCGGAUGUUGUAAGCUUUGAUGUCAAAAAUCACAUGGAGGAACAACUAAAAAGGGUUGCAGAAGAUAAGAAAAUGUUUGAUUAUGUUGUGAAGGUGGUUAUUGGGCAACAAAUUGACAUGUUUUCUAUUCAGCAAACUGUGGUAGGAUACAUAGGUAGAUGCAAGGUUUUAGUGAUAUUAGAUGAUGUAUGGGAGACGAUCGAACUCAAAGAUAUUGGACCGAGUUCUUUUCCUAACGACUUCAAGUUGUCGCUGACAUCACGAAAUAAAAAUAUUUGCAAUAAAAUUGCAGUAGAAGCCAAUUUGGAUAGGACACUAGUAAGAGUGGAUGUGAUGGAGGAGGUUGAAACAUUGAAUUUCUUUUGGCAAAUCAUUGGAGUUUCAAAACAAGAUGAUGUGGAGUUGAAUCAAAUAGGAAGUGAAAUUGUGAGAAGAUGUGGUUUUUUGCCCCUUGCCAUCAAUUUUGGUAGUUUUUCCAAACUUAGAAACUUUAGCUCUUGA